GUCAAGUUUCUCAAACUUUCAGCCAACAACAUGAAACUACUGCAGCUGUCUCCAUUUGCAUGAAAGAGGUGGAUGCAAGCCGUUUUCAUCAGGCCUCUUCACCACAGAUGGGCUCCAAUCCAAAGCAAAGCCAUCAUUCGCCCCCCUUGAGGAGAGAUGGUCCGAAGCAGAGCUCCUUUGAGGCCAGGCUUCACGAUGGCAUCCUUGAGGGAAUCAGUGCUCUGUUUGUCAGUGGCCUUUGCCGCUGGCCUGGCUGUGAUGUGAUAUCUCAAGAUUUUCCUAGUUUCUUAAAGCAUCUCCAGUCUGAUCACAGCCACGGUGACAGAAGUUUUGCUCAGUGGAAGGUCCAACUGGAUAUUGUUCAGUGCUUGGAAAAUCAGCUCAUCCUGGAAAAACAAAAACUCAUUGCAAUGCAACAUCAUCUGCACCUCUCCAAGCACAAAUUCAAUGAUUUGAAGGCAGCUUCUGAGUGGCCAUACAGCCUUCCUCUGUUCCUGUCCCAGCCUCAAGUAACAGAGGGAGACAGAGUGCAACAGUGGGACAGUAAACAUCUGGAGGAGUUGGCCCUGCAUGGAUACAGAGCUACUGGUUCUGCCCACCAUCUGCCAGAUUUGGUCCCCAGUAUUGAAUGUUACAAAUACAACAACAUCAGGCCUCCAUACACCUACGCCUACUUGAUAAGAUGGUCUAUCCUUGAGUCCCCUGAAAAACAGCGCACUCUGAAUGAGAUUUACAACUGGUUCACUACCAUGUUUUUCUACUUCAGAAACAACACUGCUACAUGGAAGAAUGCGGUGCGUCACAACCUCAGCCUACACAAGUGUUUUGUGCGAGUUGAGGGAGGAAAGGGAGCUGUGUGGACAGUGGAUGAAAAAGAGUACCAGAGGAGAAAGGGGCAGAAGUAUCAAAGGGACUGUCCUGUAAAGUGGCUCACAUCCUAUUCGCAUUACUAUUCAGAGGGCACCUAAGCACCAGCAGAUGGCAGCACUGAGCUGCUAGAGUCCUAUAUACUUGUAGUGGUAUAUAGAACUGCAUGAAGAACUGAAGAAAUCUGUUGAAAUGUCUUUUAUUUUCAAAUGGCUUUUUAAACAUUGCUGUAUCAUUUGUUUAAUAAAGAUACUUUGUAUGCAUACCUGGAAGCCAUUUUUGUAUUCCC